AUGGUAACGACCCAAGCGAGAAACAGGACAAUGAAAACGAAUACAGAAACAUCACGAAGAAAACAACGAUGGAGGAAAAAUGUAAUAAGAGCAGCCACUUGGAGUAUAAUGUCUUGGAACAGAAAAAAGGCCGAAAUUCUACUUGAGAUGGAACAUCAUAAAAUAGACAUUUGUGCUUUGUCUGAGACCAAACGCAAAGGUAAAGGCAGCAUCAAAGUUCCUGGAUACAUCUUCGUGUACAGCGGCGUCUCACAACAAUCACGAGCAACUGCUGGAGUAGGAAUAUCGAUAUCUGAAAAACUCGAGCAGUCUAUAAAAGAUAUACACUACAUCAGCGAAAGAUUCCUUAAAGUAACUCUGAAUACCGAAACUGGUAAACUGCACCUCUUCAGCAUGUACGCACUGGAUAUUAGUAAGGCCUGA